AUGAUCUUUGCCUGCUGCAGUAUUAGCGCAAAGUCUGCUGUUAAUGGGUCGGGCGAACCAGAGUUCAUUCGAAAGUGUUGUACCUACCGAAAAGAUCUGCGCCCCGAUGUCUUUCAACUCUGCAACGAUGACUACCUGAAACCCAAAGCUCAACUCAAACAUAAUGUGGACAUGUCCGCCGUACCCGGUCCCGUGGGUUUACCUCCCACCCCGUGCUUGAUGCCUCCGUUCCCUUCUGCUGGCAACCUGGUUCAGUCCACCCCUCACCUGUUGUCUCCUCCGAUGCAACAGCCCAUAUCCCCUUUUCCCUCCUCAACCAAUCCACAGCAACAAUUUUGACUGCUAACUCAAGAGAGGUACUCGGUGUUGUAAUGAGGAGACAACUGCGAGUAUGUGCACAUCGGAGCCUUAGUGACCACUGCAUUCCUUGACCAUGAAAAUUGGCUCCGAUUUCUUGGGUAUGUGCGCCAGCCAAGUGACUAAAUGAAACACGUGUUGCUUAAGGGUUCAACAUCAACUGUGGGAAAGUUGAGCGACACCGUGAAACCAAUGCCACACGUACAUUUGCGCAAUCUCUACCCAGUCUGUGAAGUUGGUUAAGAAGAAGACGGAGAUACAACAUAUGAUGAUCCGUUUCAUGCCAUACCUCAAGUUCAUUUCACCUAUUCCCUUUCUCAAGAUGCUAGGCACAUAUUCCCAUACUCGCUUCUCUAUCUCGGCCAGUUGUUAAUCACGGCUAUUGUCGUGUGCUCUCUUCUUUUUUCCUCUCUCGUGACGAAAAACUGCUCCCUAUGGUCAUCAAACGUACGGACUCUUCGCGAUAUCUUUGUUUGUCUUUCUACUACUUGCUCUUCAUACCCCUUCUUGGAUGCCCACAGUGUAGAUCGAUUUCGAUGUUUUCAAUGCAAUAUUAUGAACAAAGUAC